AUGACAUCAGGCCUCCUCUGCCUCCUCGCCCUUCCGUGCCUCCUUGGCCAGGCCACAGGGGAUUUGGAGCCCCUGAUCCUCAGCACCCCCUCCAGCUCUUUCCCUGACCCUGUUUUGAGCUCCAGCUUCAUCCCUGGCUCCAGCUCCAACAACAGCUUUGGUCCCAGCGCUGGCUCCGUGACUCAGUCGCUUUCCAAUUUCACUGGAUUCGAGGAUGACCACGGCACCUGCCAGUGCUCUGUCAUCCUCCCGGACACCACCUUUCCUGUGCAGAGAGUGGAACACUUGGAAGUCACGGCUCACAUUCUCUCCCAGAAGUUCGAGAAAGAGCUUUCUAAAGUGAGGGAGUACGUCCAAUUAAUCAGUGUGUAUGAAAAGAAGCUCUUCAACCUAACCGUCCGAGUAGAGAUCAUGGAAAAGGAUACCAUUUCUUACACUGAAUUGGACUUUGAGCUGAUCAAGAUAGAAGUGAAGGAGAUGGAGAAACUGAUCACACAGCUGAAGGGCAGUGUUGUCGGAAGCACAACAAUUGUGGACCAGCUGGAAGUGGAGAUAAGGAAUAUGACUCUCCUGGUAGAGAAGCUGGAGACGCUAGACAAAAACAAUGUCCUUGCCAUUCGCCGAGAAAUCCUGGCUCUGAAGACCAGGCUAAAGGAAUGCGAAGCCUCUAAAGGUGAAAAUGUUCCUGUCACCCCACCUCCUCUUGCCCCUGGGAGCUGUGGCCAUGGCGGUGUGGUGAAUAUCAGCAAGCCGGCUGUAGUUCAGCUCAACUGGAGAGGGUUUGCCUAUAAGUAUGGUGCCUGGGGUCGGGAUUACUCUCCCCAGCAUCCAGAAGGGGGGCUAUAUUGGGUGGCACCUUUGAAUACAGAUGGGAGAACUCUGGAAUAUUACAGACUCCACAAUACACUGGAUGAUUUGCUGUUGUACAUAAAUGCCCAAGAUCAUCGGAUUACCUAUGGCCAAGGCGGUGGUACAGCAGUUUAUAACAACUACAUGUAUGUCAACUGGUACAACACCGGGAACAUUGCCAAAAUUAACCUGAGUAACAACAGGGCUGAAGUGACUCAAACUCUCCCUAAUGCUGCCUAUAAUAACCGCUUUUCAUAUGCUAAUGUUGGUUGGCAAGAUAUUGACUUGGCUGUGGAUGAGAAUGGAUUGUGGGUGAUUUAUUCAACUGAAGCCAGCACUGGUAACAUGGUGAUUAGUAAACUCAACGACACCACACUCGUGGUGUUAAACACUUGGUACACCAAGCAGUAUAAACCAUCUGUUUCCAAUGCCUUCAUGGUGUGUGGGGUUCUGUAUGCCACUCACAUUGUGAACACCAAAGAAGAAGAGAUUUUCUACUACUAUGACACAAACUCAGGGAAAGAGGGCAGACUAGACAUCACAAUGCAUAAGAUGCAGGAAAGAGUGCAGAGCAUUAACUAUCACCCUUUUGAGCAGAAACUUUUUGUCUAUAAUGAUGGUUACCUUCUGAAUUAUGAUCUGACCUUUAACCAGGAACCCAAGUAA